AUGUCUUCCUUCACCAGUAUCAGACGCGAUACUCCUCCGCCCGACGAAGUCGACCCAUACGCGUACAACCCUUCGAUGGCUGUCGCCAUCGCCUUUACUGUGAUCUUCUGGCUCGUCACGGUUCGGCACUUGUACCUCAAUUUUGUAUACGCGCGCACACAAGCAAUCCCGCACAAAUACACAAUCUGUCUGUCGAUCGCGGGAUGGAUAUCUGUCACCGGCUGGACCUGGCGUAUUGUGUCGAUCCACUUCCAGCACACCUGGCCACUGAGUAUCAUAUUCUACGCGAUCUCGCAAUCGUCGAUCGUCGUUGCGCCGGUGUUCUUCUGUGCAACGCUGUAUCUCCUCUUGACGCGGAUGAUACGGUUCAACCUGCCCGAGGCGGACAAAGACGGAGGCAAAAGCCCGCAAGUCUUCUUUGGACUUUCGCCCAAGAGGCUGGGUUAUGUUUUCCUCAUAUCGGACUUUACCAGCUUCAGCACACAAGGAGGAGGCAGCGGCAUCGCCGGUGCCGGGGGCUGGAAAGGCAUCCUGCGUACGAUUGGAAUGGACAUCAUCAUCGUUGGCCUCGCGCUGCAGCUGUUGACAUUCACCGCGUUCAUCGCUGUUCUGGCCAUCUUCCAAACGCGUGUCAAUCGUAGGGACGACGUGAUUCUGCAACCGGGUGCGAAGAGGGUCAUCCGCGCAGUUUGGGUAGCAUCUUUUUUCAUCCAGGUCGGUUCCUUUUUUGCUUGUUAUCCCCCGAAGAACGACCAUCCAAGCGUUGAAAAGGCAUUGGCUAACGAAGAACUUCCCAAACACCAGAUCCGGACAGCUUACCGAUUGAUCGAGUUCGCCAUGGGCGACAAUGCGUACUUGAUGACUAACGAAUGGUGUCUGUACGUCUUCGAGGCAGGGCCGACAGCCAUCGCGCUCGCCACGCUCGCGGUGUUUCAUCCCGUCAUCUAUAUGCAGCAGCACCGGGCUGUCAUGUCGCCUGACAGCGAGAUCGCCCUUGAGUCUACGAGCAGGCUAGAGUCUGCCACGGAACCAGAGCCGAAGUCCAAAUCUGGAUUUAAGCCGCCGCUGAUACCCACUCCUCUUGGUCUGGUGAUUCGUGCACUCCGAAAGUCACGAUAG